GGGAUUUAUCUUGCAACCCUAUAAGAAUGAUUCUUUAGGAGGUAAGAUUAAUUUUUAAUUUGAUAUCUUUGGUUUCUAUUAAAGUUAAUUAAGGAGGUGAUUAGUCAUAUACUAAUUGUUGUCUUUAGUUUCUUUGAGAUAGGGGUUUAGAUCACUUUUGAUCUAAGUUUUUGAAUUGACUCUAUUAGUAUCAUAAUUAGUCUUAAUCCACUAAUUUUAAAUACUAAGAUCAAUUAGGGUUCUUAGCACUUAACCUCGAAAUUGGGGAUUUUAUUCUCCAAUUUUGUUUAUCUUUAAUUUCUUACCUUUAAUCUUAGUAUUUUCUCUUCCGCAUUAUUUUCUUGUUUAUUAACGUAACUUGAUUCUUAUUAAGUGGUAUCAGAGUGGUUCUAUCAAGGUUCCGUUCUUGAUAAUUCUUGGGAGUUUCCUAGUAAAAAAAAAAGAGGUUGCUUUAGAUCAAGAAAUUCCAAAUUUAUUGUGUUCUUGUUUUCCAACAUCAAGGAGGAAAAAUCAAGAGGAAUUUUUUUUUUUUUAAUUGGUCUUUUGCUUGUCUCACCAAACCCAAUCCGUUUGGGAGUUGGUAAUUUUUUUUAUUUCUACAUCUUACUUCUAAGGGAUUGUUACUAGUAGGGUUAAUAUAUAAAUCCUAAAGAAAUCAGCCAAAGGUUGUAAUUUGAGUAGGAAAAGGCAAGAGGGGUGAGAUAAAAAAAAGGGCCAAAUUGAGAGUUUUUGUUUUCUUUAACUUUUGGAGAUUUCUCAAACCGGAAAGGAUACUGAUGCUGAGACUCAAAACAAUGACAUAGCCGAGGCACUUAGAAGGAUUUCCGCGCGAUUUGGUGCAUUGGAGGUCACCCACAAUCCUCCUAAUCCGGUGAACAUAGCCGAUGUAAGGAGAAUGCAUCAAAACCCGAUGCCUCAAGUUAGGAGACAAGCGGUUCGAGCUCCUCAGUUCCAACAAGAUGAGAAUCCUUUUGGCGACUAUGAGGAUGAAUUGGAGGAAGCUUACCAAAGAAGAAACGAAAGGAGAGCACCAUGAGCUAGGGUUGAAGACGACAAUCUUAGUAGCAUUAAGUUGAAGAUGCCUGCUUUCAAAGGAACAAGAGAUCCAGACUUAUAUCUUGAUUGGGAGAGAAAGGUGGAGGUUAUCUUUGACUGUCAUAACUACACUGAAGUUAAGAAAGUUAAACUUGCUGUUGUUGAGUUUUCAGACUAUGCUGCUAGUUGGUGGAAGAAAUUUAGCAGAGACAGAUUAGACAAUGGAGAGCUUCCUAUUGCAACAUGGGAUGAGAUGAGGAGGGUUAUGAGGAAGCCCUUUGUGCCAUCACACUUUCAAAGAGAUCUGCAAAAACGCCUUCAAAAUUUAAGGCAAGGCUCUAUGUUCGUGGAUGAUUAUUUUAAGGCUAUGGAUAUGGCUAUGAUCCAAGCAAAUUGUAAUGAGGACGAGGAGGCCACUAUGGCUAGGUUUCUUAAUGGGUUAAAUGGAGAAAUUUCCGAUGUAGUAGAAUUGCAACAAUAUGUUGAUUUAGACAAGUUAGUAGAGUUGGCUGUAAAGGUAGAAAAACAAAAUAAAAGGAAGCAACAAACUAGCUCAUAGAAAAAUUGGUCUACUACAACUCCAAGGAAGCCAUGGAUGUUCUACGAGGAUAAAACUAUGCCUAAAUCACAAGAUAAUAAGGGCAAAGGUAAAUUGGAAGCCAAAGAUGGAGGUAAAACUUUCAACUAAAAAACUUCUACUCCUUCUAGUGCUAUACAAUGUCACAACUGUCAAGGGAGGGGACAUAAGGCAUUUGAGUGUCCAAAUAGAAGAGUUAUCAUCAUUAAAGAUAAUGGGGAAUAUGAAAGUGAAAAAAGUGAAGAAGUAGAAGAAGUAGAAGAAGAAGAAAAGGGUGUUGGGAGUAAAGAUGGAAUAUAUGUGGUUGCUCAUAAUGAGGAAAAAUUUUUGGGGGUAGUUAGGCGUCUUAUGCACAUUGAUAUGGGAGAGCUUGAUGAGGCACAACGAGAAAAUAUUUUUCAUACACGAUGUGGGAUAAAGGGUAGAAUUUGCUCAAUGAUUAUUGACAAUGGUAGUUGUGCUAAUGUGGUGAGUACAUAUGCGGUGGAAAGAUUAGGGAUUCCAUGCAUAAAACGUAAGGGAAAUUAUAAGCUCCAAUGGUUGAAUGAAUGUGGAGAGCUCAAGGUGAGCAAACAAUGCAUGAUUUCCUUUUCUAUUGGGGAGUAUUCUGAUGAAGUUCUCUGUGAUGUACCAAUGCAAGCUUGUCAUAUUUUGAUGGGUCGACCCUGGCAAUAUGAUAGAUAUGCCAUCCAUGAUGGGAGGAGAAAUAAGUACUCUCUUGAACAUAAAGGGAAGAAGUAUAUUCUUGCAUCCUUAACUCCUUCCCAAUUGUAUGAAGACUAACAAAGAUUGAAAGAAAUAAUGGAAAAACAUAGGGAGGGAUCAACAAAAGGGAGUGAUAAAGAAGAAAGAAUUGGUGGGAGGAAAGCAUCUAAGGGUGACAAAAUGGUGUGUCUUGCGAAAGCCAAAGAGUGUUUACUUGCAAAAAAUGAGUGGAUGCCUAUUAUAGGGAGUUAUGAUCAACACUAAUGAUGGAAGAGUUGCUUGAAAAGGGGUUUGUGAGAGAAAGUAUGAGUCCAUGCUCUAUUCCUGUACUCUUGGUACCAAAAAAGGACGACACUUGGAGGAUGUGUGUGGAUUGUCGCUCUAUUGAUAAAAUAAUGGUAAAGUACCGCCAUCCUAUUCCUCGCCUGGAUGAUAUGAUUGACCAAUUGCAUGGCUCUAAGAUACAAACAACAACAACAACAAACCCAGUGUAUUCCCACUUAGUGGGGUCUGGGGGGGUAAGAUGUACGCAGUCCAUACCUCUACCUCUGAUGAGGUAGAAAGGCUGUUUCCGAAAGACCCCCGG